GCUGUUAACAAAAAACUUGGUCGGCCAAAUAAUGGAGUUGGAUAUAGAGAGUUUUCGUUCAUAAAAUGUUAUUGAUCAUCAUAAAUUUACCGGGACCCCAUCACUCAUGUUUCAAAAGGCUUGUGAACUUAGUAAUCAUGUCAGCAAAACAGAAGUAACAUUAGUCACUCCCUAAAAAGCCAAUCUGAGCCCCGCCCAAAACACACUAGGCAGUGUUUCAGUACCAUGGACAGCUCAUACAGCUCUGCGAAGCCCUGACAUGGUCUUAUAAUGCACAUACAAUAAUAUAGACUUUAUCUUCACUUGCCAUCCUUGCAAGUGUUCACACAAUAGUAGUAGGACUUAAGUCACUUUCUUUCUCUACAAUAGCCUAAAUCACGUUUUAUGAACAUUAUUUCUACUAAAAGCAUUGUUAUACGUAUAUAAAUUUUCUCGCUUACAGUGAGAAAGCAAUCUGCAUGUAAUAGCAUUGUAGCAAGAUUCUGUUUGAGAAUGAGGAAGCAGUGAAAGAAAGCAUCACUAUGUGUCGCAUUCUCGAGUUUGCAGCCAGUCGGAGUGGAGCGAGUUUAAAGCUCAGACUGAAAGCCAGUCUCACUGAUGUGCGCUCGCUGACGGCGGCGCGCGCUGGAGGGCUGUAAGAGGGGGAGGGAGCGUCUUUCCUCUCGGUCUUCAAGACUAAGCCCUGCGGAAGUGGAUGGCGGGAGAAGGUCAUGAAGGUAAUCGCUACCUUUAAGCUGGAUUUGGGCGGCUGUUACCGCAGAAGGAGCGCGCCCUGCCCAUCAAUUAUUCAUCCGUUGGGGAAGCGGUGGGAAACGGCGGCACGGCACGUGGCUCCGCACAUCCUCCGUUCUCCGAGCAGCCAUCGGCGAGUCAUGUCCCAGUGUGAGGGCACUUCAAGAAGAUCUGGCGAGGAGGACCAAGGAGGAUGAAGGAGGGUGACGGGCCGGACGAGGCAGAGGAGGAUUAUAAUGAAGUUGAGUGGGAAAGGAGCGUGCGCCGUGGUCUCCAGCAGCCUGCUGUUCGCGUGCGCCGUGAGCACGGCGGUGGUCGGGUUCGAGUGUCUCUCACUGGGAGCCAAAGUGAAGGCGCACUUUCAACUGAGCGCGGCUGCUGGCGCGUUUUACUCGGGGAUCCUGCUCGGACUUGGACAGGCACUACUGGCCAUGGCGUUGAUCUGCUGCAGGGGCAAAUCGGCGUGUCGCAAUUUAUUUCUCUUCGGGCUUCUUGUAUUUCUGCUCGGCGUGCUCACGGCGUUCUCGGGCGCAGUGGUGGACGGCGACGCCGUGUCGCUCGUGGAGCGGAAGUACUCGCGCUACUGCUUGGACACAGUGGAUGUACCUGCGGCGUGCGGGCGUCUCAAGGAUUACCAGCGCGGCCUGGUGGCAUCCACCGUGCUUAACGCGCUCGAGUGCCUCAUUGGGCUUGUAAACCUGGUGGUCAUCAAGCGCUACCAGGCGGCGCAGUUUUACCGGAGGCGCAGAGCGCACAGGCGCAGCGCGCGCGCCGUCUUGCUUGCCGAAGAGCGCGAGCUCACCGUGGCCGCUGACUUCCGGUCGGUCUCUUAUAUUAGUCUAGGGAUGUGCGGCUCCCAGGCGCGGGAUGACGGCGCGGUGGCGCGGAAAAGCGGCCAUCCGUCUAUAGAACUACCGGGCUACGCGCCUGAACAAAAAGAGUUCCAGCACGUGUACGGUUUCUCCUACCCGCCCGCUAACGACUCACCGCCGGCCUACGAGGACAUAUUUCCCGGCGAAAGGAGGAAUAAAGCGUUAGAGUGUUAAAACAGAAAGAAAGUUACAAACCCACCUCUCUGACAUGCAGUGACAAUCACUGGCGAUUUGGCCCUGGACAUCAGACGCACGCGUGUCAGCGUCUGUCUUUUCUCGACUAAAUACAGUAAUAAGCUGAUUGUGUUAACGCAUUGCUCCCCUUUUUUGCGUGGGAAGUGGGCAAGGAAGUACAUGCUAUAUACACUCAGUGAACUACUGUAAGGAAAACUGAACUGAAAUGGUAAGAGAUAUAUUCAGAUCAUAAAUCUAAAGGCCUAAUGACUUUUCAACACAGCGUUUGUUUUAAACCUCUGAUUGUACACAUCUUAUGCCCAUGUAAGUUGGUUGAUGUCAUUCCGUUGUUUUGUUGUCAUAUUUCCUCCGUUUGGCUCAUGAAUAAAAAAAGUGUAUUCACAUUUCUAUGUCGUAGAUAUUUAAUGCAAAUGAUAUCAAGCCAAACAAACAAACAAAAAAACUCUUAUUUUGGGAAUAUAUCAUAUAAAGAUGGUAGCCUGUGUGCCUCUGUGGUUCUUUGGCCUACUGUUUAA